AUGCCCUACGUAUACAAACCAUCGAUCUUGAAAAGCUUGGGCAUCCCGACAUGGGAACAAGUCCGGAUGAUGGGCGCAGAGGGACUGCGCGAACAACAGCGCCACCGUCAAGAGGCAGAAGAGGGAAUUCAAGCUGAGAAGCAAAAUUCCGGUAAACAAAAGGACUCACCUGAAACACCUGCCAAGGAACCAAGAGAGAAGUAUGAUGACCCCACGCAGAGAGACAAUCAAGGUGAUACCUCUGAAAGUGAUACCUCUGAAGGCGGUGUCUCCAUCAAGGACGAUGAUGUCCUCGAAGAACAGUCAAAGGGGCAAGCCAAGGAGAUGAAACAAGUUCGAUCUAUGGUUGCUGAUUUGGAAGUGGAGGUGGAUCAACUCAAGAAACACACUGAUAAACAAGAGGGCCUUAAGGAGACACAUCUGGAAGAGCUUGAAGUCUUCCGCCCCCCCCCCCCCCCCCCCCAUCAAUCACCAGCUGGUGUGAGUCCAGUCGCCACGGCAGGUGGUGAGGCUCCUGAAUCCGUUGAGGGUGCCUCUGGCGAUGGGUCUAAGCCAUCUACCUCUCAAACUAGCGACUUCAAGACGGAAACAUCUACUCCUGAGCCUCUGAGUAUCCCGUGUGGUCUAUACGGGACUAUCAAUGCUGGGCCUAGCAUUCCUCUCGAUGGACGACAGGAAUCGCUUAAACUCAAGGCCUCCGUUCAAUCGUCCCCAACUCCCACACCAACACGAAAAUUCACCGUCGGUGGUUUACCCAGGUCCAACACGCCCAGGACGCCUUCCAAUCGUUCAUCCUUGUUCGACGACCGUACCUGCGGCAAAACUGAUCCAAGACGGAAACAGCACAAAGGCAGGCCGCCUGAGACCAUGAGGGAAACGUCCAACAAGGACGGGAAGUAA